CGAUUGGUUCGCGUUGAGGCCACAUGAGGAUCUUUGACACCGGCUUCACAAAUGUUGUUCAACAUAUAUCAACACGAAUCGUUCUUCAGGCUAAGAAGAAAGGAGCGCUUGUGCUGUUGGAUGAGGUUAUCAUCCACACAAAGACAAAGAAGCACGAUGACAAGACUUGGGUGGAUCCGGGACAUGCUGAGCUACAGGCACAAUUCUUCGAACUGCGCGAGGAGGCUAGACAAAAUGGACUUAAAGUCACCGACGAAGAAAUAUGGUACUCGCUAGUCGAGGGCCAUAAUGCAAAGAACCGCGUUCCUGGAGUUGGUGAUUACGCGCGGGAAAUGAAGAAGAUCAAUACUUCCUCCAAACCUCGCCGUUCCAGCACUAGUAGCAACAGCGCAACGGAGAUGGCAGCACUUAAAGAGCAAAACCAAAGGCUGCAGGAACAAAUUGAUAAUCUAACCUCAAGCUUGUCGCUAACGAUUCAGGAGGAGAUAAGGAAGUUAUAUGGUGGAGAUUUCAAACCAGCGGGCAAAUUUAAAGGCCAACCUGCCAUCUCCUUCACAGACGCGGAUGUGAGUGCGCUCUCAUCCACAUUCGCACGAACAAUAGUUGGGCGCUUCAUCAAAGGGAGACCAAGCCUUAUCUCAACCAGAAAAGCUUUUGAACGGAUUGGCUUUGAAAGCGAUUUCUCUGUAAGUCUCUUAGAUGAAUGCCAUAUUUUGAUCAAUUUCGAAUCUGAGAAGGAUUUCCUGAGAUGCUUGUUGCGAAAAUAUUGGAAGAUUAAUGGAUUGUCUUUGAAAGUUUUCCGAUGGACUCAUGAUUUCGACCCUAAUGCCGAUUCCCCACUAAUUCUAGUCUGGAUAGGCCUUGAAGGUUUGCCUAUACAUCUAUUUGAUUCUCUUGCUUUAUUCUCAAUUGGGAACCUGCUUGGUAAACCCCUGAAAACUGAUUCAGCAACAGCAACUCUUUCGAGGCCCUCUGUUGCUCGAAUCUGUGUUGAGAUAGAUACCAGUAAAGAAUUGCCUCGAAGUGUUUGGAUUCACCUGGGAGAACUCACCUUCCUACAGCCAAUAACCUAUGAAGAUCUUCCAGACUAUUGCCCCUCAUGCAAAUCUUUUGGCCACAAAAACUGUAAGAGAAAGAUUGAGAACUCUAGAUGGGUUAAAACAGAAGGGGUUAAAACAGUAGGGGUUUCUAGAACUGGAAUUCAACAAGCUGUUCCUAAGCCUGGAGUGACCCCAACAACAAUAGAAGCUGUUUUGCAAACAACCCAGGGCGAGGAUGCAACCGGGCCUGCUUCUGCUGCCGAAACAACAGACUCAAAUGGGGCUGCUCCUCCAAGAGUUGACAUGGCAACUAAUCUAACCCUCUCUCAUGUGAGGGACUCUACAGCUCAUGAACCCCCUUCAAUUUCUAUUGCUCUUGAAACAACCCCUCGUCGCAGCUCCCCAACAACAAACCUUAGGACUGAUCCAGACCCUAUCAUAGCUUCAGAUGUUUGUGAAGUUAUUCCUCUUAUUCCUACUGCCAAUUGUCCAGCAACUUGUGGUAUUAGUGAGGUAAUAUUGGUGACUCCUACCAAUGUACAAGAUGACACCCUUAUACUGGAACCCGAUUCUCCUUUACUUUUUAACAAUGAACUCAGUCGUGGUACACACAAUCUGUCUUCCAAGGCAGCAUUGGAAGGCACACAGACUGUUGACACUGAAAAUAAGGAAGAGUACAUUCCUAACCCUUCUCAAAUCAACCUAAUUGAAUUUCCAGUCCUCACAAAAGAAUUGUUGGAAGCUACUUGUGGUGCACACACUCCCUCUCUUGAGAAAGAGAUGGAAGGCACACUAAGUCUUUCAUCUACAGGAAAUGAUGAGAUUCCUUCUGAUCCUAUGGAAAACAAAAACCCCCCUCCACUGUUGACUAACGAUGCAGGUUCCAACCCUAUCGGGAUUUCCUCUUGUGGUUCUCGAAUUUCUUCGAGGUCUACCUUUCUCCCACUAGUGAUAGCAGAAAGAAACUCCUUCUCAAGGAAGGUUCCAUUCCGUGCAACGAAAAUUUUGUUAUCGGAUGGAUGAUAGAACUCAUACCCUCUAGUUUCCUUGGGGUAUCCCACAAAAAUUACUUUAUCAGAUUUAGGCUCCAACUUACUAGACGUCAUGAGACGUUUUACAUAAGCUUCACAGCCCCAAAUCUUAAAGUACG